AUGGACAGUGAGACGUUACCAAUUCUCAGAAUUAGCGUCGUGAAAUUUCUAAUUCAAUCUGCUCAUGAUCUCGAAGUGCCUCCAAUCGUCAAGUAUUCUGCGUUGUCGCUUUUCGCUGAUAGAUUCUACUCAUCGAUUUCUGGGUUCACUAGCAGCAAUGACUCAAGAUAUUGGCUUCUGCAACCAAUCACAGAAAGCAAUUUGCAGUUAUUUGCACUUGUUUCCCUAUGGAUAUCUAGCAAAUUGCACACUUCUCAUCCUCUUUCUAUAAAACUUCUGAAGGCUUUUGGGGAUACGAUGAUCAAGGAACAACAUUUUAUGACACGGGAUUUCUUGGAUGCAGAGGUCAUAUUCAUGCGGAUAUUAAAUUUCGAGAUUGGUACUGCAAAUAUCACUUUUAUAUUUCUUGAGGAACUUCUUAAUCAUUUCAAGGAAGUAGCUAAAGUUGGAGAGCUUGUGAACUGGGAAGCAUGCAUGGAUGUAAUGGAUCUUCUUUAUGAAAGAGAGGAGACAUCUGUGUUUUACGGGUCUCCUUGUUCUUUAGCUGCUGCCAUCUUGGUUGCUUCAUAUCUCAUCACUGUUCCAGUUCAAGAAUGGGAAUUUCCAAUUGUUCCCUGGGUCCAUUUUGUAACAUCAUUCAAAGAAGACGAUAUUGUCCAACAAGCCAGAGACAUUCUACUUCACGUUUUAGAGACUGAUUGCUAGAGAAGUGCAAAAGGCCUGAAAACAGAACAAUUCUUAAUCAUGAAUGUAAGUUCUGAUGUUAUUUUGUUGCAUCUUUUUGGCUUAUUUCUAGACGUUUCUGUCAGAGAGAGGAACUGAAUUGCAUUGUAGCUUUCAAAGCCAUACAAAGUAGAGAAAUGGUAUCG